AUGAGUACAGCGGACAUAACGCUGUCAAUUUCAAUCAAAAUGGCCCCAGGGCCAGAACAUCGUCAAGAACCGGUAGCACCUGAUAAAAGUGCUGAAAAUAAUAAUCGUGAGAUCUCUAAUGAAAGAGCUAUUGAAAAUUUAGUGGUAGGUGUUGAGACUGUUAGUAACCAGAACUUGAAUACAGAGUGUGCUUCAACGAACACUGACACCAAUUCAGAUUCGACAACUCAAAGUGUACCAACUUGUAUUACCUCUGAGAAUAAGCAGGAAGAACCAGCUACUUUGUCUACAUUAAAUGAAGGUGAAUUACGUGCACUAUUGGAUGAAGCUAUAACUUAUAAGUGUCCCAAAGACCGUGAAGGAAAAUCAAGUCUUUUUAAAGAAUUACUUCAAGAAGCAGAAGCUGAUGAAACUGAGGAAGGUCGUAGAAUAAUAACUAAUUCACGUUGCUUACCUGGGUCAAAUCGUAGAAGGCAUAAAAGAGACUCUGUGUCUGAGAGGUUGACACAUGGAGGUUCAUUGCAAAAUUUAGCUCAACCUAUUGCUUCAGAGUUUGAUAGUAGUUUUGCUUAUUUGACAUCUGGAUCUAGCCAUACAUACGGUGGAAAUAGAAGAAAGAAUAAAAAAUACACUGGACCCAGUGUAUCUGCAAGACAAAGGGAAGGUGGUUCAUUACCCUCGAAUGUUAAUGCAUCACACAGUCUUGCUUCGUUGGCUAAUUUAGAUUUAUUAUUUGAUAAGAAGAAGGGUUUCUGUGAAGAAAGAACGACAUAUGACUGGACCAAUAAAGAAAAAUCUAAAUCGUUAGACAAACCAUCAUACAGUAGUACAAAAAAAGACGAAAAAGAUACGAAAAAAGAUUUGUGUAAAACUGAAAUUGAAGUACGUGAGAAGAGAGAUAGCAAAGGCAAAUACGGGACAAAUGAAAUGCUUGAAUCGGAUAAUCCACCACCGGAAUAUAAGUCAGAUUACAUGGUAAUUGAUUUAGGUGAUACUGAGGUGGGUACUAUUAGUGAAAGGAAUGUGGGAUCCACUAUAAGUGGGGUUCAGAGACCUCACUCCUUAGACACAGAAGAUGAUGAAGGAAUUGAAAUGAAAAUUAUUGAACCACGUAGAUCGCAAUAUAAAUCACGCACCACUUUUGAUAUAGGUCAAACUCCUGUGGAUACUACUAUAGAUUUUUCGUUCCGUGAAUAUUAUGGGAAACAAGAUAAAACAAAAAUAUCUGUUAAUGGAACCCUUUCUUUUCAAACUUUUAAUAGUGUGAAAUGUGGUAUUGGUGGAACUGCAAAUAGUUCUAGUACUAGUCAGGGUAAAGUAAUUCCGAAUUUGUGCUCCAUGAUGUCUGCAUCUCUACAAACACAAAACAUUACAAUGGAAGGCUCUAAGUAUACAGCGCAUACUACCGGAUCUGGAGAAAAGAAGUCCUUGGAUGAGAAUGGAAAUCCAGUACGAAACUAUAAUAAUGGAGAACGAAAAAAAUCGAAGAAAAAGCAAGAACCUAAUGUUAUUGUAUAUAGUGCGGAAAACGUUGAAGGACAUCGUGAUGAAGAUAUCGACAGUUUAAUUAAUUUUAUUGAAAAUAAAGAAUCUAAAAGUAAAAAAGGAAAACCAGGUAAUCCAGUAAGAGUAAAAACUAGUUCAGGUGCAAAGCCAAGAAGCAGGGAAAAAGAUACUAAAAGGGAACAGUUACCUGCCAAAUUACAGAAGUCUAAUUCUCUUGAAGAGAUAUCUAAGACUAAGCUCGAAGACCUCACGACGGAAAAAAGCAUUAGUUCUAGUGGUGCCAGUAGUAUAUCAAGUCAACAUGGCACGAUCAAUGUUGCUUUACGCCGUGCAAAACAGAAAAGCACAGGGGACACAGCUAUCGAUAGUCGUGGUGAUAGACGAUCUUGGGGAACGGAAGAAGGUCAGUCUAUAUAUUGCAAUGAUACUGGAGAUGAUUAUGCUAGUCGUCGAAACUCCAAUAAAAAAAUCAAUCCAGAGUCUGAACAUGAAACAGAAUUCCUGGUAGUUACGAAAAAGAAGAAAAGUAAAAAACAGAGACGAAGCUCUAGCGGGAGUAGAGCACAAAAUUUAACAACGUCCGGAUCUUAUCUCCAAAAUUCCAGAGGAUUCUCUAAUGAAUAUAGAACGCCACUUUCUCCUGAACUUAGAAGAAAAUCAGCAAGCAGUAUGCCACCGAGUGAUAAAUCAGACAGCAGUGAUUCUGACUCUGUCCAUUCUUUACCUGUUACAUCAAACACGUCCAAACAUAAUCUAUCAAAAAUAGCUACCUCAUCGGGUGGAACUCCGCAAGCAAGUUACGCGGACAUAGCUCGUAUGGCAACUAUUAAUAUGACUCAUAAUUCGGUGUUAAAUAUGUCUACGAUAGUUCCGAAUAUAUUAAACACGUCUUCAUGGCCUAGUGUGCCACCUAAGACACCGUCGGAACCAGAUAAAAUUCCUCAAGAUUAUUAUCCUAGUCUAGAUGAAUUGCAACAUUCAGAUAGGAAAACAAGGCAACAUAAUUUCACCCAUUCAAACCAUAUUCUGAAUCUAAGUUUUGAAAAACCACCUUCACCAACUUUAACGAAAAUAAAAAAUUCAACGGAAAGGAAAAAGGCAGAAGCUCAAGAAGAAGCUAUUAAUAAAAAUAUUCAGGUUAUCAAAUAUGUACAGGAUAUUGAAAAAAUGCACCAAAACUUAACGCAGCAAGAACAGAAACCUGCAAAUUUAAAUAAUCAUAGCACAACAUCAAAUGAGGUUCCAGUAACGAAUACAGUACUAUCAAAGCUUAGUAAUGUAGUAACAAAUUGUAAUCCCGAUUCUGAUAACAACAAUUCUAAUUGCAACAAUGUUAAUAAUAAAGAUAUGGUUGUAAGUGCAAGGUGUAACAAUCCACGGAUACGUCGAGGAGGUUACACUCAAAACAUUCAAAAUGUACAAAAUCAAGUAUCGCACGAAGAUCAACAUUUCAAAAAAGGUGGAUAUACGUUUCACGAUGAAAACACAAAAAAAUCACAAAAUAUUGAAAAUUCCAAUAUGUAUUGCGAAAAUAAAAAUAGUCCAAGUUCAAAUGAUGAAGUUGAAUUACAUAAAGUUAAUAUUGCAAAUAAUCCAAAGUCAAUGCAAGAGGUGCAAAAUAUUGAUUCAGAUGCUAGCAAAUUAACAAAAACCGAGAAACCAACAAAAACCACAAAAGAACAAAAUGUUAAUGUUAAGCAUGAAACAGUAAAAUCGGGUAGUACAUAUUCCGUGAAUUCAAAACAAGAACAAUCGGAAGAUCCAGAUUCUAAGAAAAUGAAACAGCAAAGUUCCACUUUGGAAAAAGACCAGACACAAAAAGGAGGGUCACAAAUAUCUAAUAAGCAAAAAACUUCAAGACCUGCAGUUAUAUUAUUAGACGAAACAUCAGAUAUUACUAAGAACAGUGAGUUGCCAACGGAACUUAGGUUUGGGUUUGAAAUUAAUGAACAGCUUUUAUUGUCGGAAGAUUCAACGACCGAAGAGACCAGUGCUAGUUCUGUGUUUCCUUCUGUAGUACCACCACUCAUAAACAAACCACCUUCAAAUUUCGAUAGAUAUCCUCCAAUAUUUGACAAACACAUGAGAUGUGAUAAAUUUACACCUAAUUUUAUACAACCUGCGAACACGCACGUAACACAACCUCUACAUCCGGUUAUGGUACAGCGAUUACCAUGCAUGGCUUAUCCUCCAAGAUUUCCACCUCCUACAUGUCUACAACCACCACCUACACCUCCACCAGGAAUAAUGGAAAAGUAUCACCAUCAACCAAAAGAAGAUUUUUCUAUGCUUUAUGUGGCUCCUGAAGAAGACGUUAAUAUACAAACGUACAAUCAUGAUAAGAUCGUCUCAUUCGUUGGCUCAGCAUGGGACGCUGUUAUGAGAGAAAUGCCAGUAACUACAGGUGGUCGUAUACAGUUCUACAGUGGUCAGUGAAAUGGGCACUAAGAAAUAUGGGUAUUGACAUCUGAUAUGAUAUUCGACUGAAAAUUAAAAAUUCGUGAUGCGUAAAACAUAUUUCGUUCCUUCAAAAUAUAAACGUCAAAUUUCCUUGUAAAAAAUGUGAAAAUUCGUAUAGUUAUAAAAUGCCUCGUAUAAGUUUCGGAAGAAGGAGAAAGAAACAAAAUGUCUUUCGGAUCAGUCACGAAAGUGUUACAAUUUUGAAAGAAAAAUACAAAAACUAUUUAAGAAGUUUAAAAAUUGAAAUGAGAUCACCACGAAGCAGAUUUUUCAGAAACUGCAUGUGCUGUGACAGUGGUUUAUGCUGAUGCCUUUGAGAAAUAAUACAUCUUAGACCAUUGUAAUAAAGUUUAAAGAUAGUUGAAAGAAGCCUGUUAUGUUAACUAUACCAAAUUGAGAUCGUCCGUCGGAAAUAUUGCAAGACUAUUAACAGUUAUCUUGAAUAGUUGAUAGCAGAGAUGAUCUUAAAACAACACUUUAAAAACAGGGAUUGUUGCAGCCAUCAGUGAGUCUUCAAAGAAAACUUUAGAAAGAUUAAACAUGGGAAUAGUGGUUGCUAGAUUACAUGUACUUUAUUUAAGACAAGCACUAAAGAAAAGUAAAGAAAGCUAUAAAGAUGUGUGAAGUGUAAUGAAAAUGGUGAAUGUAAGUGUGUCAUUGAACACGUGUAACAUAUAAAAAAAAAAAAAAUAGUGUGAUUGACUUAUAACUUUAUGGAGUGGUUACUUCUUCCAGCCGCGACAGAUAAUAGUUUAAGAAAUUUGAAAAGAGGAAAAAAGAAAGAAUCGUAAAAAACUGAUUUUUUUGCAAAUGUUGCGCUCAAGGACAUAAACUGGAUAGAAACAGUGAGAAAAGUGCGAAUGUGUCGAAACAAAAAAAAAAAAAAGAAAAAAACAAAAAAAAAACAACAAAAACGCUAAAUUUUUACAC